UCAAUCAAAUCCCUCCCCACACCAUCACCGUUCAAGAAGUCAUCAAACUUUGAUCACGGGAACUAAACGGCUAAGAAUCAUGAAGUUAGAAACAUUACAAACACGUUAAGCUUGGUAAUGAUUAAUAGAAAGAUAAAUGAAGCCAAAUACGUAUUCUCCUCUCAAAAAGUUGUGACAUCGUUGUCGAAAUCUAGAAGACAAUAGCUGUAUUGUUUGUCAAUCAAGAAUAUUUUUGUCUGUCUGCGUUUCAGCUCCUAGUCCUAGACAUCGGCUUUCUAUCCAAUCAUAAGCUGCUCACUGUUCAAUCUUGAUUUUAACGUAGUUUAGAUUUCCACAGUUGUGCUUUACUGUGACUGUGGCCUUCUGAAGUAGUGAUAAUGAGCUUCAGAAACUGAAUUUGACAAUUGCAUCCACAGCACACAGGACCAGUUGCAAAAUAGCUGAGUGAUUUGAGGAUUCUGUGGCUAUGUCUUCAUCUUUUCCUUUUCUUCCUACCCAUACAGGAGAGAAGUAUCCCAAAUUGCCCAACUCUUGUCAGAUUUCCUCAGAAAAAGAACAUAUGACUAAUCCCAUAUACCCCCAGACAUCUCCUUCAGCUCCCAAUCGUGCAACUGCUGGGCACUCAUUUUCACCGUCUUCCAGAUUUCCCAAUGAUAUGCUUGUUUCUUCUGUUUCACCAAAUGAAAGGAAUUCCCAAAAUUUUCCGUUCAUUUCUCAAUCGUCAAGAGGGCGAACAACAAUGCCACCAACCCAUUUUUCUCCUUCAGAAGUACAAUCCACAGGUUCGAUUAAUGUCCCUGAGGAGAAUAAGGAUAUGUCCUGGUGUAUAGACCCAGUCCAGGAUUUUCUUCAUUUUCCUGAAAAUGUCCCUAUACGAACUGGACUGGUGGAAAGCAAUACUGGUGAUAUGGGAUCUGAGGAUCAUGCUAAGAGCGCUGAGUGGCAGGAGUGGGCAGAUCAAUUGAUCUCUGUUGAGGAUGGUCCAGACCCGAAUUGGAGCGAAAUUCUUGCCAAUGUUGAUGCUGCCGAGGCAAGACCAAAGGUGCUGAAACCAUCUACAAGUAUCUCAGUGCAACAACCCCAAAUUCAUCAGCAUCAGCCGUUGCCAAGUGAAGAAUUUCAUGCUGUUGCUAACCCAUUGUCCACAGUACCCCAAACCAAAGCAAGAAUGCGAUGGACUCCAGAACUUCAUGAGUCAUUCGUGGAGGCUGUGAAUCAGCUGGGUGGUAGUGAACGAGCUACUCCAAAGGGUGUCUUAAAGGUCAUGAAUGUUGAAGGCUUGACAAUCUAUCAUGUUAAAAGCCACCUGCAGAAAUAUAGGACAGCACGACACCAACCACAGUCUUCAGAAGAAACAUCAGAGAAGAAAUUGACCCCUACCGAAGAGAUGAAAUCAAUGGACCUGAAAACGACAAUGAGCAUCACUGAAGCAUUGCGAAUGCAGAUGGAAGUUCAGAAGCGGCUCCAUGAACAGCUUGAGAUUCAGAGAAAUUUGCAGUUGCGAAUUGAAGAACAGGGGAAGUAUCUUCAAGAGAUGUUUGAGCAACAAAGAAAAUUGGAGAAUGAUAAGCCCAAUGUCUCUUCAUCCAACCAUGACAAUCCUUCCUCUCCAACGGCAAAGCCAAAGCAGCAUUCACCCAAAAAUGAAAAACCAGAAGCUGCAGAGCUGGAUCUGACCAAAACAGGAAGAAGUACAGGUACCGUCAACACUUCAUCGGAAGAAAGUCCCCAGAGUUCAAGCAGGAAACAGAAGUCCCCUGAACCCAAACCUGUCGACCUGGAUGAUGAAAAGUCGGGUCACACUAACACAAAACGAGCAAGAACAAAUGAAACAGCAGAAUGUUCAGCGAAAUCUGCAUUGGACUGAACACCUUAUA